AAGGAACAAGGAAGAUCAAGAUUUGGUGGCUGUCUGGGACAAAAGGAAAGCAGGAAGUGUUUUGGGGAAUGGAUAAAUUCAAGGCUGCACUCGUGCUGGCUGGGGUAGGGGAUGCUCUCGGUUAUCGCAAUUUCUCCCGAGAAAACAAUGCCUUAGGCGCAAAAAUCCAGCAGGAGCUGAAGGAAAUUGGAGGGCUUGAGAACCUGGUGCUCUCCUCUGACAAGUGGCCCGUAAGCGACAACACACUGAUGCACAUGGCUACAGCAGAGGCUGUCAUCACAGAGUACUGGUGUUUGGAAGACCUGUAUCGAGAGCUGGUAAAACGCUAUGUGGAUGCUGUCGACAAGCUCUCGGGGAGGCGACCAGACCCUGCUACCAUCGAAGGCUGCAGAGAAUUAAAACCAGACAACUACCUUCUCGCUUGGCACACACCGUUCAAUGAAAAGGGUUCUGGAUUUGGAGCAUCCACAAAAGCCAUGUGUUUAGGGAUGCGGUACUGGAAGCCAGAGAGGCUGGAGUCACUUAUUGAAGUGAGCAUUGAGUGUGGACGAAUGACUCACAACCAUCCUACAGGCUUUCUAGGGUCCCUAUGCACAGCUCUCUUUGUGGCAUAUGCAAUACAAGGGAAACCCCUUGUGCAGUGGGGAAGAGAGAUGAUGAAGGUUGUGCCAAUGGCUGAAGAAUACUGCAAGAAAACCAUUCGCCACAUGGCAGAAUAUCAGGAGCACUGGUUCUACUUUGAAGCCAAGUGGCAGUUUUAUUUGGAGGAGAGAGAAAUCAAUGAGGAAAAUCAGAACAAACCUGUCUUUCCGGACAACUAUGAUGCAGAGGAGAGAGAAAAGACCUACAGGAGGUGGAGCUCCGAAGGCCGGGGGGGGAGACGAGGCCAUGACGCCCCCAUGAUCGCCUACGAUGCCCUGCUGGGCUGCGGUGGGGACUGGACCGAGCUCUGCAACCGCUCCAUGUUCCACGGAGGAGAAAGCGCGGCUACUGGGUCCAUCGCUGGCUGCCUAUACGGCUUGGUUUAUGGCCUGAGCAAGGUCCCCAAAGGCUUGUACCAGGACCUGGAACAAAGGGAGAGGCUCGAGUACUUGGGCGAGAAUCUGUACCGUCUAUCCAUGGAGGAAAAGUAAAGCAGUUUCUGCCAUUUUUCUCUUUCUAUAAAGACUAUAUUGAACCCUGUAGAUAACUGACUGAUGUUGAUAGCUAAGGAAUUAGCUGCGAGUUAGUCUGAAAAGCUGUAUGUAGAUCACGUGCAAGUGAAGAUAGCUGAGUUAUUCAAGACUGAUAUAGAUAUUUACAGUUUUUGUGGAUUUUUUUACAGAUGUAGGCAUUUCUGAGUACAAAGAGUGCUGCUUAAACCAGUGAGAUAAUCUCAAAUGGAAAAAAAUAAAUAAAACCUCUU